AUGGCAACGGAUCAACUAUUACUACAUAUCUUACUGAAUAUUUUGGCUUUGAGUUACACAUAUCAUUCGAGCAAUUGUAGGACGCCAGCCAAUGAACUGGGUUCUUGUGUACCACUGACAGAAUGCGGUUUCUUCCAGGAGAUUACUCGAAAAUCAAUGAUAUUCAGCAGUGAUCUUCAGUACAUCCUGACUAGUCAAUGCGGCUUUCGGUCAAAUGAACCUCGUCUUUGCUGUCCCGCAACAAAACCGCCGUCUGCCAAUUUUCAACCCAAUACCAAAGUCAGAAAAUCGCGUCUGCCGGAGGCUCCCGACUGUGGAAUUCAAUACACCAACAGGAUAAUCGGCGGAGAACGAACCAGCGUUACGGAUUUUCCUUGGACCGCUCGUAUCCAACAUUAUGAUCACAACUUUGAAGAAUAUGGAUUCCACUGCGGAGGUUCACUGAUUAACAACAGAUACGUGUUGACCGCUGCUCAUUGUGUCUCUGGCAUCCCUUUCAGUUGGACUAUAAAUGCGGUCCGGCUUGGUGAAUGGGACAUCCAAUCAGAUCCGGAUUGUUUAUACGAUGAUAGUGAUUGUUUCGAACCGGUUCAGGAUAUACAGGUAGAGAAAGAGAUUGUGCACGAAGAUUUUGUCAACACUCGGUUGCAAGUUCAAAAUGACAUAGCGCUUUUACGAUUAGCGAAAGAAGUCCGCACAUCGCAAACUGUGCAGCCCAUUUGUUUACCUCUGAAUGAACAAUUUAGCACUCGACAGUACGAAGACAUGAAAAUGUUUGUUACAGGUUGGGGACAAACGGAAUCGGAAACCAACAGUCGAUACAAGAUGGUGGUCGCAGUAAAAGGAGUAUCGCAGCAACUUUGUCGUAGGCACUACCUAACCGCGAGUAUCGACGACAGCCAAAUCUGUGCCGGCGAGGAAAUGGGAAAAGAUUCCUGCAAAGGAGACUCUGGUGGACCAUUAAUGGAUCUGACAGUAUCGGAAAGUUCCGUCGUUUACUACCUGGCCGGAGUGGUUAGUUUCGGAAAACAGUGCGGACUAGCGGACGUACCAGGAGUUUAUACGAAGGUGAAUUGGUUCGGCGAGUGGAUUCUUGACAACAUUGAACCGUAG